UGGGGAGCCGGAGCGGGUGGCGGCGGCCGCGCCGCCGCAGCAGCAACAACAACAACAGCUUCACCAUGUGGCUGGCCCCCGAGGAGGUGCUGCUGGCGAACGCGCUGUGGGUCACUGAGCGGGCCAACCCGUUCUUCCUCCUGCAGCGGCGGAGGGGCCAUGGCAAGGGGGGCGGCCUGACGGGCUUGCUUGUGGGAACCCUUGAUGUGGUUUUGGACUCAAGCGCUAGAGUUGCGCCUUACAGGAUCCUGCACCAGACACUGGACUCUCAGAUCUGUUGGGCAGUGGCAUGCGGUUCAUCCCGCAAAGAAAUCACAAAACACUGGGAAUGGCUAGAGAAUAACUUGCUCCAGACUCUCGCCAUCUUUGAUAACACAGAGGAUAUCACUACCUUUGUCAAGGGCAAGAUACAUGGCAUUAUUGCUGAAGAGAAUAAGAACCAGCAGCCUCAGGGGGAAGAAGACCCAGGUAAAUUUAAGGAAGCAGAACUGAAGAUGCGUAAGCAGUUUGGAAUGCCUGAAGGAGAGAAGUUAGUCAAUUACUACUCCUGCAGCUACUGGAAAGGACGUGUCCCAAGACAGGGCUGGCUGUAUCUGACUGUCAAUCACCUCUGUUUCUAUUCCUUCCUCUUGGGCAAAGAAGUAACCCUAAUAGUCCAGUGGGUGGAUGUAACUCAGCUGGAGAAGAAUGCCACCCUGCUGUUCCCUGAAUGCAUCAAAGUGAGUACCAGGGACAGUGAGCUCUACUUCUCUAUGUUCCUCAACAUCAGUGAGACCUUCAAGUUGAUGGAACAGCUGGCUAACAUUGCCAUGCGGCAGCUACUGGAUAAUAAAGGCUUCGUGGAGGAUAUGUUGCUUCCCAAGCCCAGCAAGCCUCUCAAGAAUAUCUCAGCCCUCAAAAGAGAUCUUGAUGCUCGAGCCAAAAAUGAGUGGUACCGUGCUACUUUCCGACUGCCUAAGGACGAACGUCUCGAUGGACACACAGAUUGCACUUUGUGGACCCCGUUCAACAAAAUUCACAUCCUUGGCCAGAUGUUUGUUUCCAACAACUAUAUUUGUUUUGCUAGCAAGGCAGAAGAGGCUUGUCAUCUCAUAAUACCGCUUAGGGAGGUCACAAUUGUUGAGAAAGCCGAUAGUUCCAGCGUCUUGCCCAGCCCACUCUCAAUCAGUACCAAAAGCAAAAUGACCUUCCUGUUUGCCAAUUUGAAAGACCGGGAUUUUUUGGUCCAGAGAAUUUCUGACUUUCUGCAGAGAACUUCAUCCAAAAAAUCAUGCAGCAAUGGUGGAGCGCGGAAGAAAAGCUUUGGCGACCAAACAAGUGAGGAAACCCCAGAGCAGUCUCCCAGCAGCCCUCUUGAAGUCAGUCCUGCCUCUCCUUUCAGUAAUCAGCUGGCUAAUUUUUGUGCAGACAAAGUGCCAACUGCAUCCCAGGGAUUACUUAAACUGUUUGGAACCAACACCAAGAAUAUCUCUGAAUCACGUCAGGCAAAGGAAAGGAUGAAGGAGGAAUCAUGGAAUAUUCAUUUCUUUGAAUAUGGGAGAGGAAUGUGUAUGUAUCGCACAGCCAAGACCCGUGAACUAGUACUGAGAGGGAUCCCAGAAAAUCUUCGCGGAGAGCUGUGGCUCCUAUUUUCAGGGGCCUGGAAUGAGAUGGUCACUCAUCCUGGGUACUAUGCAGACUUGGUGGAACAGUCAGUGGGAAAGUACAAUCUUGCUACAGAGGAAAUUGAAAGAGACCUGCAUCGUUCCAUGCCAGAGCAUCCUGCCUUCCAGAAUGAACUGGGAAUUGCUGCUCUUCGAAGGGUCCUCACAGCAUAUGCUUUUCGGAAUCCCACCAUUGGGUAUUGCCAGGCCAUGAACAUUGUGACAUCAGUAUUACUUCUGUACUGUAAUGAGGAAGAAGCUUUCUGGCUUCUUGUGGCCUUGUGUGAGAGGAUGCUACCAGAUUACUACAACACCAGAGUGGUUGGUGCAUUGGUAGACCAGGGCAUCUUUGAGGAGCUCACACGGGACUGCCUUCCCCAGCUGUCUGAGAAGAUGCAGGAUCUGGGUGUCAUUUCUAGCAUAUCGCUCUCUUGGUUCCUCACUCUCUUCCUCAGCGUCAUGCCUUUUGAAAGCGCUGUUGUCAUUGUUGACUGUUUCUUCUAUGAAGGCAUCAAGGUCAUCUUGCAGGUAUCUCUGGCCAUCUUGGAUGCCAACAUGGAAAAGCUGCUAAACUGUUGUGAUGAAGGCGAGGCUAUGACUGUGCUGGGCAGGCACCUGGACAAUGUAGUUAAUCAACAUAGUGUUUCUCCACCAAUCCCACAUCUCCAUGCCUUAUUGACAAGUGGAGAUGAGCCACCGGUGCAAAUCGAUAUCUUUGAACUUAUAAAAACUGCCUAUGAGAAAUUCGGCCAUUUGAAGGCAGAUGAUAUUGAGCAGAUGCGCUUUAAGCAAAGAUUGAAGGUAAUCCAUUCUUUGGAAGACACAGCCAAGAGGAGUGUGGUCCGAGCUGUUUCUGGUGAUAUUGGCUUUUCAAUGCAGGAAUUGGAAGACCUUUAUGUAGUAUUUAAGGCAAAACACCUUGUGAGCUGUUAUUGGGGAAAUCACACUGCUGCUUCCCAACGGGACCAGAGCCUGCCAUACUUAGAACAAUACCGCAUCAACAUAGAGCAGUUCAAAGAGUUAUUUGCUGCCCUUACACCUUGGUCUUGUGGCCUCCACACUCCAGUGCUAGCAGAAAGAAUGUUCCGGCUCCUGGAUGAGAACAGAGAUGCACUCAUCAACUUCAAGGAGUUUGCAACAGGGAUGAGUGGAAUGUAUCAUGGUGAUUUUACUGAGAAAUUAAAACUCCUUUACAAACUACAUUUACCUCCAGCUCUGAGUCCAGAAGAAGCAGAGUCUGCUCUGGAGGCCACAAAUUACUUCACAGAUGUUAACACUACAAAAGUAUCUCCUUUUGUCUCAGAACUGGAUCUCUUCCUGCAAUGUGAUUCUCAAGAAGCAGCAGUGCAGGAAGACAAAGCAUCAAGAGAGGGGAACUCUAAAGAACAAGAGGAGAAGGGUACCAGUCCACAAGAUUACAGAUAUCAUCUACGAAUGUGGGCCAAGGAAAAAGAUUCCAAAAAAGAAACUAUCAAAGAUCUCCCUAAAAUGAGUCAGGAACAAUUUAUAGAGCUGUGCAAGACCCUUUACAAUAUGUUUAGCGAAGACCCUGUGGAACAAGAGUUGUACCAUGCCAUUGCUACUGUUGCCAGCCUUCUCCUGCGCAUUGGGGAAGUAGGCAAAAAGUUCUCCCACCAGCCUCCAAAGAAAGCUGAUGACUACAAAGUAAACAGCCCCCAGGAUGCAGCAAGUGAAGAAGAGUCCCCAACGUCUGAGCAGAGCCAGAAUUCAACUGUAGAACGGUAUCCCCAAGCUAACACAGAAGAUAAAGCUUCUGGAGAUGUUCAGCUUGAGAAACACCAGCAGGAAAAUCAGAUUAUCAUAGACGGAGGUGGUGAGGGUCCAGGAUCACCCAUACAGAUGCUUUCAGAUGAUGAAACCAAAGACGAUAUGUCUAUGUCUUCCUACUCCAUGGUCAGCACGGGCUCCUUGCAGUGUGAAGAUAUUGCAGAUGAUACCGUGCUGGUUGGCUGUGAAGCUGGCAGUUCAGUCGCACGCUAUGGCAGCACCAUUGAUACAGACUGGUCCAUCUCCUUCGAACAGGUCUUGGCCUCCAUGCUUACAGAGACUGCCCUGGUAAACUACUUUGAGAAGAAAAUUGACGUUACACAGAAGAUCAAGGAGGAAAAGAAAGUAGAAAGGCAGUACAGUUCAUCUAGCGAUUAUGAACUUUCCUCAGUGUCAGGUUAAACUCAGGGGGAAAGGCAAGGCUUGGAUAAUAAAAGUGGGUGAUCUAGAAACCUGUUGUAUGCCUGGACAUGGCUUGGGUUUUUUUGUUGUUUUUUUACCAACAGCUGUAAUUACCCAACAAUUAAAGUAGCUUCAGCUGAGUAAGGGGCUUAUCACAGUGACUAUUUAAUAUAGAUCCCUCCCUGGAGGAUGCCUCGCUUGCUGGGCUUAUGUUACACUGUCAAGAGCAUGAAAGCCAUUAGAACCUAAUAGCCUCUGUGGCUUAGAGUUACUACACUUAAAUUAUGCAUGUCAGCUUCUGGCUAUCUUUCUUGAAUGGAGCUUGAUUUCAGUCAUACUCUGCUCUACCGUCAUUUGCUUUUAUGUUCUUUGGUAAUUGUUCACAAGAAAUGCAGCCUAGCUUGAAUUCCUUCCUUUUGUGUCUUUGGCUGCUUCCCUGUGACCUAACACUAUGUAUCAAAAUGCUGCAGAGGCCCCAGCCUGCCCAAGGGAAAGCCUUGUUAGCAACCUAAAUAAAAUGCAGUCACUUGUCAGGAAUAAAGACGUUCCAUUCCACUACUCCUGCAGCUGCAGCAGUGGCUUGGGACAGCAGGUUUCUGUCCCAAGUGAUUUACCAUCCCAGCAGCAUAUGAUUUUUGACAUUUUACCAGAAAGAUGCAUACUAGCAUCUUUUAAUUCUUCAGUGCCAAGUAUUAGUUUUUAACUUCCCUGAAAGAAAGACAAGCACUGGGAAUUGCUGCAGCUGCAGGGACUGGGUUGGGGUGAAUGCUGUCACUCUAGGUUUGACAAGACAGUAGAAGGGACACGCACUUCUUGCUGCUUUGAGCAUUAAUUUGCUCUCUUUAUAAUUUUGCAGGUUACAUUGGAUCUAAGAAGGGCAUUGAUUCCAGUGAACUAGUUAUCACAGCAGAUACUGAAGAGAUUUGUUUCUUACUGUGGUCAGAUGCAGGCCUUCAGGUUUUUCUGUGUGCUAGACCCACCCACUGCUCCGUGCAGGUGUAGAAACAAUGUAGUUUUAGUUGUUUUUGCUUAGGCCUCCAUCCUGUUUACUGGAACCAACUAAGUGGCUGCAGGGUAGUCCAGUUCCUCACGUCAUAGGGAUAUCCGUGUUGGACUACAAUUCAAAGAGUUGUUGUAACUUUCCUUAGUAUUGCAAUUUUUUGGGACCACCCUCUGUUUUGUAGGCACAGACCCUGCCCCCUGCACAUUAUUAGUCAACCAGGGGAAAGUUGGAGCUCUGUGUUGAGAUUGAUAGCUUCCCUAUGGGAAGGCCUUCACUCUCAAGAACCACCAUUGUAUUUGUUUCUACAGACAUGCUCAUCUCAUUACACAAGUAUAUUAUUCUGUCACCAUGGGCUUCAUUGAAAGUGAGUGAAUGGUAGUACGUGGCUGUGGCCUGGCCAGGAAUGAGGGUGAACUACGCUGGCAGUUCAGAAAGAGAAAAUUCUGAAUCCCUUGGUUGGCUGCACCAAUGGAAUGCACCACGUCAUGCAGUACGCAGUGUUACUAUGUUCUUGUGGCAUAUUCUGUGUGUAUUAUCAACCCAUAUGUUUCUUAAGUCCCUGCCUCUUUUGUCAUGUACCUCUGGACAGAUAAUGGGAAAAUGUGCUUUUACUAAUUCUUCAGUAAUUUAUUGUAAUUUUUUUAAAAUACAGGUACAUGUGAUUUUACAUUAUGUCUGAUCAAUCACAUAUUCAAUAAAUGGAAAC